GUGCAGUGGGCAGUGAUAGCAGCAGCAGCGGUAACAGGGCCCUCCCUCUGUCUCUGCAGAUAAAUACUCGCAGCCUGUCUAUUCCCAGGCAUGGAUGACGGUUGCACUCAGACAUGGCUCUGCGACAUUAUACCCUCGACUUCAAGCUCUCAACGGCAGUUGACUCUGCUACGACAGUCCCUCACCUACUGUCCAUAUUUCAUGAGCAGGAAAUGACCGAGACUGUCCAUGAAACAAAUGGACAUGGAUACCUCGGUACUUUUGUAGGCAAGAAUGGCCGGCUUGCUAUUCUGCGUGUGCACUCCCACGGGCUGGUCACCGUUGAUCUUCAGUGUUAUGAAGGGGAUAACAUUGCACAACUAGACAAUCUUUUAAAUGCACUGGAAACAAAGCUAAAGAUGAUCCUAAAUGGCAAUAUUACACGGAUUAAAAGGCUCCCGGCCCUCGUACGAGGAGCAGAGGUGGACCGAUACUGGCCCGCGACUGACGACAGACUGUUGGAGUACGACAUGGACCAGCUGGUGUAUGAAGAAGAUUCUCCAUACCAAAACAUUAAGAUAUUGCACUCACAGCAGUAUGGGAAUGUCCUGAUACUUGAUGAUGACAUAAACUUGGCAGAGAGCGAUUUGACCUACACCCAGGCCAUCAUGGGUAACGGAAGAGAGAGCUAUGCUGGAAAAGAGGUGCUGAUAUUAGGAGGAGGUGAUGGAGGCAUCCUUUUUGAGAUGGUCAAACAGAAGCCAAAGAUGAUCACCAUGUUGGAUAUUGACCAGAAGGUGAUAGACGCGUGCAAAAAGUAUAUGAGACGAACUUGUGGCAAUAUCCUCGACAGCCUGGAGGGAGACUGUUACCAAAUACUAGUUGAGGACUGUGUCCCUGUGUUGAGGAAGUAUGUGCAGGAAGGAAAGACGUUUGAUUACGUUAUUAAUGACCUGACUGCAAUACCGAUAUCCACGGAGCCAGAAGAAGACUCUACAUGGGAGUUCCUGCGUCUCAUCUUAGAUCUUUCAAUAAAAGUCUUGCAUCCCUCGGGGAAAUAUUUCACACAGGGUAACGCACAGACCAUGACGGAGGCACUGCGUCUGUAUGAAGAACAGCUGAAGAAGCUCUCGUGUCCUGUGGGGUUCUCUAAAGAGGUGGUGUGUGUGCCCUCCUACUUGGAGCAAUGGGUUUUCUACUCUGUAUGGAAGAAGUAAAGACCAACAAGUUUCUCUGCUUGAAUCCCCAUCAGCUGGAAUGUGAACGCUCCUCCCAUUUCUGCUGUAGCCUUAAAGAUGUGUUCAGACUGAACGUGACAUUAAAAAUGAGAGGCAAGUAAGCGUUUGGGUAAGCGCAGUGUUAGGUGGGCUU